AUGGUCAAUGCUAAUGGAAAAUACUUCCAUAAGGAUAAAGCAUCCCAUGCUGCUGAGGUUGCUGCAGAUUCUGAUGAUGAAGAGAUGUCUAUUGCUGAUAUUCCUGUCAUCGGAACUUCAUCUGGUGCUCAUACUAAACCCCGCUCUCCAUUGAGGAUAUGUUUAUUUGACAUGAAAUUUAAUAGUGACUCUGAAAGCGAAGAAUUUUAG